AUGUCAGUGUUCAAUGAAGAGAAGUUUAAAGAAGGACUUGUGUCUGAGCUGGCUUUGUUUGAUUUGCCCAGCACACAAACGAGUGUGAAUGAUAUUUACUACGAUGAAAUUCGGCCACUAUCUCAGGUGUCUGGCGAUAGCCCUUUUGAGUUUAAAAUCAGCGGGCAAAACUCUAUGGAUUAUCUGGACUUGAAAAAUUCACAAAUCUAUGUGCGACUAAAGGUAGAAAAGUCAGAUGGGACGGCUCUCACGAAUGUAAAGGUGGAGAAGGUGGGGCCUGCCAAUCUGUUUCUUCAGUCACUAUUUUCAACGGCUGAAGUCACUUUGCAAAACAAAGCCACCAUCACGUGUAAUUACAACCCCUAUAGAGCUUACAUGCAAACGCUUCUGAAUUAUGGAUCAGACGCGAUAACCAGUCAGCUGGAUACGCAGCUUUUUAUCAGAGACGAUGCAGACAGUCCAGGAGUGACAGAUCCCAACGGAAAUAACAACGGCCUGUUUCUGAGAGCCCAAAUCAUCGGCGAAUCUAAACGCGUUGACUUGCAAGGACCUAUUUUUCACGACUUGUUUUCCAUGGAGAGAUAUUUGAUAAAUCAAGUAGAUGUGAAAGUGAAACUGUAUAGAAGUCCACCCGAAUUUUGUCUGCUCACUGGAGAUGGUAGUCAUUACAAAGUGAAUAUCGAGGAUAUCUAUAUUCUCGCUAGAAAAAUCAGAGUAAACCCUGCCGUCAUCUACGGGCAUUCUAAGAUUUUGGAGAAACAGAACGCCUUAUACCCCUACGAUAAAGUGGAGGUGAGAUCAGUGAGCAUGUCUACUGGCUUAACCAAUUAUAGCUGGGAAAAUAUGUUUCAAGGAAGACGUCCCAACAAAAUCAUCUUGGGAUUUGUCAAAAGCAGGGCGUUAAGCGGUGAUUACAAGACCAACCCUUUCAACUUUGAGAAUUGCUCCAUUCAACAAAUUGCCAUAUACUGCGAUGGACUGCCCAUUGGAGGAAAUCCAUUGAAACUUGAUUUUGACGCUGCUGGAGGCACGGCAAUCAUGCGCGCCUACACCAACUUGCUUCUAUCCAGUGGAAAGUGGAGACAGGACGAAGGCAAUCUCCUAGACAGGAGCCACUAUUUAAGCGGCUCAACCUUGUUCGUGUUCCAGUUAGAGCCCAACUUUUCACAUCACGGAGAAUAUCUGUCUCUUGUAAAGACGGGGAAUGUGCGGCUAGAUGUGGUCUUCAAGACGCCAUUAACAGAACCUAUAAGCUGCCUUGCCUACAGCGAAGGGCCUGGCUAUUUUGAAAUCAAUCACGAAAGAGAUAUUAUUAUUCCAUAA